AUGACGCAUGACUUGUCGUCUCGUAUUGAGUACUCGGAGAAGUAUGUGGAUGAUACUCAUGAGUACAGACACGUGAUCCUGCCAAAAGAGAUGCAGCGUCAAUUGCCCGAUCGAUUGCUGACAGAGACCGAAUGGCGACAAUUGGGCGUCCAACAGAGCCGUGGUUGGGUGCACUAUGCCAUUCACAAACCAGAGCCACACAUUUUAUUAUUCCGACGUCCACUGGGUACGGACCCUUCUACUGGUCGCGUGGACUUGGAAAUGCAAAAACAAGCAAAGGAAAAAUAUGCGCAGGAGUUUAAUUGA